AUGUUGGUGGAUAAAGCUUGCUUACGAGCAGCAUCGAAAACCUUACUGAAGCCGGCAUGCCGGUCGAUAUAUUUGCAUACGGGCCCUCGAGUAGCUGGGCUCCGUCGAGACCCCAAAGAAGCGUUCAAGACACACCUGGGGCUCGAAUACGGUUCCAGUGAAGCGACUAGUGCAGUGAAGAGUUUUUUGGCCAAUUACAGUAUUCCAGAAGAAAUGGCUUGUCAAGUAAUCACGCAUAAGUCGUUUGGAAAUGGUAUAAAAGCAUACAACGAAAAACUAGUGGUAAUGGGCCUGAAGGUGAUGAGUCUCUUCUUGGCGAAGCACGUCAUUGAGCAGGAAACUACGAACAAGAAUGCUAUAAACGGCAAAAAUUUGGAUGUGUUGGGUACGCCCAUUGCCAAAGAACUAGGCGGGAAAACGAGCUUGGGGCUUUUCGCCAAGCAGCAUAACCUCAACAAGAACAUGUUCUGGAAACUGCACAAUCACUCCUUGACGUUUGAGCAGAGCGGAGAGAUGAAAGUCAGUGCACACAUGAUGUAUGCCCUUGUAGGAGCCGUGGCGUACGUUCAUGGGAAGAGACUGGCAGAGGAGUUUAUCAGGGAGAAGCUCUUGAAGGGCGAGAAUCUGCUUGAGGCGGUGACAGCACAAUUGAUCGAGGAGAGUACGAGUUGA